AUGUCAAAAGACGAAGCUGACAAGAAGACCUCUGAAUCUGCGGUUUAUACAAGUCAUGCAAAAAAAAAUAUAGAUCAGCCAACAACAUCGCUGAAAGCAACUGAUGCACCUCUCCCGAAAUUUGAGCUCUAUUCUGGUUACGAUACUUUAGAAAAAGUACUUACCGAUAAAAUACUGUCAAAAAAGUUCCGUGUUUUUUUAAAGAAACAGAAAUGUAAGGAAUCUUUAGAUUUUUACUUGGCCUCAGUGGAAUAUAAGCGAGCCGACGAAAAGAAACGCAAAAUAAUGGCGAAGAAAAUAUACGACAGUUUUUUGGGUGGUUCUGUACGUAAUGGAGUCAAUAUAACAGCACAUAACUUGAAGACAAUUCAGGCUCACUUGGAAGAUCCGGAUGUUAACAUUUUCGACAAUGCAGCAUCUGAAGUUGCUACUAUGUUAAAUCAUGAUAAAGCACUUCAAUUUUCUGCUCGGCUUCGGGCUGGAGAAGAUUUUUCCCUAGACACAGGCGAUCAGGAGCCUUUUUGCAGCAAUCGUAAUUCAGUGAUGAUCGAUCAGACGAACAAUCCUGGGUACAAAAGUACAGAGCCCUGUUACAUCCUAGUAACGGAAAGUGAGACAGAAAGCGUGAAACUGAACGACCCGAUGCAAACAGUUGGACAAGCAGCUGACGAUGCAGCCCGAAGGUUUUUACAAAAAGUGUCUGAUCAGCAUGAGUGUGCACUGGAUUCAAAAGAUUACGAGUUUGUUGAUGAGGAAGGAAAUACACCAGAUCCAUCAAGCCAAGCUGUAAACGAGCUUGCUGGUCGAACAUUACGCUUAGUAGAAACUAUUCGCUUUGUAGCACAAGUAUUUAGACAUCCUGAUGAGAUACGAACUUAUAUUUUACGUGCUCGCAAAUGUCUAAGUUUAUUUGCCGCGUUACGACCACUAAAAGACCGCUACGGUUUUCCAAAUUCAGUAUCUAUCUUCAUAUCAAAUCGGAAACUACAUAGGCGUCUUGCAGUUGGUGAACUCGGCGAUCGUUCGGUAGCUAUUUGUGGACCCGGGCUAGAAGACCACGUUGAAAGGCUGUUAGCAAGUGGAGAGCUUGCGAGGCUUAAAGCGUUUGAUGUAAUGAAUAAGAAACUUUCUUUUCUGCAGCAUCGAGAAACUGGUAUCUGCGAGGUCCGUCUGUCACACCCCGUUCAAGCAUCGCGUAAAUUACUUUUGCGCCACUUUGGACAUCGUCAAUGA